GGUAGUUACAGUGUACACUUUUAUCUCUCCCCCGAUACACACAUACAUACAUACACACGCACACACGCACACACUUGUAUUGUGAAGCCUUUGUAGAUUAGUAAAGAGAGAGAGAGAGCCUUGCUUCUCGUUUCCCUUUCCUUUCCUUUCCUCUCUUCUCUUUCCUUCCUCCUCCCGAAUUCGAUCAAGAUGCCUACCAUGUGGUUAUCAGACACCCAAAAAAUCGGGGUGGCCUUCUGCUCUGGAGGAGGCUUCUUCCUGAUCGGAGGCGUCAUGCUGUUCUUCGACCGAGCCAUGCUAGCAAUGGGAAACAUCCUCUUCCUAAUCGGCCUAACAAUAAUCAUCGGCCCGCAAAAGACGCUCCUCUUCUUCGCGCGCAAGCAGAAGGCCAAGGGCACCGCCGCCUUCUUCUUAGGGCUGCUGCUGAUCCUCAUCCGCUGGCCGCUGAUCGGCUUCUGCGUCGAGCUCUACGGCAUCAUGGUCCUGUUCGGCGACUUCCUCGGCACCAUACUGGGCUUCGCCCGCAACGUCCCCGUCGUCGGCCCUUACAUCGGCCUCGCCAUCGACCGCAUCCCCUUCCUGGGUAGACGGCAGAACGCCGAGUUGCCUGUUUAAAAUCAAAGAUCAAAAUCGAAAGCGAUCGAUCGAUCGAGCUCACGAGCAAAACUAAUAUAUGGGUUCAUAUAUAUUUAUAUG